ACCGAAAGAUCUACAAAUCGUAAGUAUAAAAUCCAGUCAGUUUCGAAUCGAUCGAAGAGCUAAUAACAACAAAUUUUAUUUGUUUACAUUUUCGCGUUACGUAGAACCUUCCAUUGUUUAUGUUUAGUAUUUUCGUUCGAAUGGCAUGCUUAUUAACGACGUACACAAUGUAAACAGUCGGACGAAUUCCUAUUUCGAAAAAAUCCCCUGGAAAUACUGUUACAUCCCCGAGAAUUAUCCUCCUUCCCAUCUUCCGGACGAGGACCAAUCUUGACCAGUUCAAGAAGAUACGUCGUCGUUUUUACCUACGUGAUCAAAAGUUGAGGUGAAAACACAACAUUCUGAUCAAUAUAUAUAUAUAAACCCACCGUCGACUUCACCUUGCAUUAAAGGAUAAGUUAGCCAUCGUUAAGUCACGCGCGGUUCAAAAAUAUAAUCAAUUUUAUCCGAGGGUAUUUCAAAUAGUAAAAUGAAGCUAGCGCAGCCGGCUGUGCUCGCUCUAUUCGCGGUGAUUUUUCUCUCGAAAACCAGUGAAAUCGACAGUGCACCCGCCUGCGAAGAUGGCUGGUGGUCCAAGAUCAAACCCUCCCAGAAAUCCUGCCAGUUGGGUCAUCUCGUCGAGAUCCUUUCGCAUCUGUUGAGCAACAGUCAACCGUGCACCUGUAAGAGUAUCGAUAAUGCUGCCCAAUCUACCACUCCGGGGAAAAAUGGCACUGAUGGUGGUGGUAAAACGACCCCUAAGCGUCCCGCCAACGAUCCUGAUUACUACGAUGACGAUGCCCUGGCUUUGGGAUGGUCCAAAGGGAAACCAACCACUGGUGAUGAAAAUUCGACUACGGAAAGAACUGGAUCUAGUUCGUCGAAGAAUGUAGGAGUUGAUGGAUCAAAUUUGGACCAGUCUAACCGAGAAACUAGUGAUUUUUCGACGCAUACAACCGAAUCCAGUGAAGAUAAUUCAACAAGACCAGGUCGUUCGACAACCCUAAUAGACAUGGGUGAUACAUCUACAACUGAUAACGAGAAAACUGAAGAAACAUCAGCGACUCCAACUGGUGACGAAGAAAGUAUGGUAACUUCCAACUCCGAACCGUAUCAUACCACAACGUUCUUCAGUGCUACAGAGGAUGAAACAAACCCGGAAUCGAGUACUCCAACUGGCUCUGAUGAAAUUAUCUCCCUAACGCAGAAGAAUCCCAAGGAUCCUCCGAAUUCAUCGUCGCACAAAAAAAAGAUCGCACUAGAAGACGACGACGAUAAAGACUACACAACUCCCGAACUGUAUAGCAGCGACAUUUCGACCGUAUCAAACAAGUACACGAGGGGUGACCUAGUUGACUACCACCCGAAGAAAAAAGUGCCAAUUUUCGGAAUGGAUAAUUUCGGAUCGGCUACCACAACUGACGUUACCCAAAUGGCAGAGGACCAAUCAACGAUGGGGUUUCACAAAGAGGAUUUUUCAAUCUCCGAUGAAACACAUCGAGUGCCUGGAUCGGAACAGACGACUGUGAACCCCUUCACAGCAGAAAAUUCCGAGGAUUCUUCAACAGGUUCAAAAAACGACGAGGAUAGUGAUUCAUCACAAACAUCGGAAUCGGAUGAAUCACUGACAUCAACUGAAUCAACGACAAAUUCUGUGAAACUCGCUACAACGGAUGAUAAAAUCGACGAUGAUGCAAGUGGAAGUUGUUCAACGUCAGAAUCCAACGAAUCGAAUACCCAAAACGACUCGACGACCCAAGGGUGCUCAGAAUCGACGGGAACCUCAACAAGGAGCUAUUCAACUACCCCCGAUGAUCCCAGAUCAGCUACUGAUGAUGUAAGUACAGAUUCCUCUCAAACAUCGGAAUCCGACGAUGAUUCAACCGUUGAAAGUUCCUCAACGACUACUUCAACAACCACCGAUAAUGCAAAUGGCAAUUCGUCGCAAACUUCAGAUGAAUCAGGUACAUCAGACGAUUCAACCACCGAAAAUUCUUCGGAAAUGAGCACCACCACUGGAAAGACUCAUUCAACCACUCUCAAAGACGGAACUGAAACAACGUCUGAUGACGGUAGUGCCAGCAGCUCAUCACAAACCUCAGAAUCAAACGAAUCAGAUGACUCAACAACCGACAAUUCAUCGGAAACGACUACUUCAACAACUGGAAAAACGCAAUCAACCACCAGUGAUGACGGAUCAACCUCCGACAACCAGAGUAACGAUUCAUCGACGUCCGAAUCUAACGAAUCCGGAAAUCCAGACCAUUCGACGACAGAAAAUUGCCCGGAAUCUAGUACCACGACCGGAAGGGUUCAAUCAACCGUACCAGAAGAUGGAGGAACCUCUGACGAUUCAAGCAGCGACUCUUCGCAAACCUCGGAAUCUGAUGAAUCGAGCACCUCGUCUGAUCCAACAACGGUUGAUCCGUUAAAACCCUAUACUUCAACAGAAAGAACUCAAUCCACCACAAUCAAUGAAAGUAGUGACUCAUCGCAAACAUCAGACGAAUCGGAUAGCUCGACAACAGAAAAUUCAUCGGAACUUGGUACUUCGACUAAAAGAAGUCGAUCCACUACCCCUAAGUACUACCUGACAACGACUUCAACCACCUACGAUGGAGCUGGAACAACGUCUGAUGAUAGUAGCAGCGAUUCGUCACAAACGUCGGAAUCGGAUGAAUCAAGUACACAUGACGAUUCAACCACGGAAAAUUCGUCUGGUUCGAUAACUUCUUCAACCAAGGGAAGUCAGUCCACCACUGUUGCAGGCGAUAGAGAAACAACACUAAAUCCGUUUGAAACUACCGUUGAUGACUCUGGAACCGACAGUUCAUCUUCCUUGGACGACACAGAGAGUUCAUCUGAAUCUCAUACUACCUCCAUGUAUCAACAAACAGAUAAAACUACAUCUUGUGAAAACAACGAUAGUGAUUCAACCACAAAUGAUCCAUUAACAACUGAAUCUUCUACGAAAGGAAUAACAGAUUAUUCAACAUACUCCUCAACUACUUCAACGACGAGUUAUGGUACAAGUGAAUAUUCCACGGACGGUAUAACAACCGAUUCGACAUACUCAAAUCCUACAUCAACUCACCCUAGUGGAAUCACUAAUGAUAAUGAAGGAGAGACGUCUUCAACGACUGAAUCUUCUGGAAACGGAAUAACACACGAUUCAACACAGUCAUCUACUCAAAGUAGUGGAUUGACAACGAACUCAUACUCUACUUUAACUCCAUCUUCAACGACUAAAUCUUCUGGGAAUGGAAUAACAGGUUAUUCAACACAGGCCACUACAACUUCAACAACCCAAUCUUCAAUUACAAUAACAGAUGAUUCAACACAAUCAUAUACUGCUUCAACUGAAAGCAGUGAAAUCACUACGGAUAUUGGUGAUGAAGGAAAAACAUCUUCAACGACUAAAUCUUCUACUUCAACCCAAAAUACUGAAACCACUACUGAUUUCAAUGAUAAAGACAAGUCAACUUCAACGACUGAAUCUUCUGGGAAUGGAAAAACAUCUGACUCAACAGAAUCAUUUUCUACUUCAACACAAAGUAGUGGAAUGACGACGAAUUGUGAUGAUGAAGGAAGAUCAACAUCAACUCAAGAUUAUUCAACAACGACCGAUAAUGCAAACAGCGAUUCGCAAACUUCAGAAUCAGAUGAAUCGAGUACCUCAGAUGAUUCAACAACCGAAGAUUCUUCAGAAAUGAGCACCACCACUGGGAAGACUCAUUCAACCACUCUCCAUGACGGAAUUGAAACAACGUCUGAUGACGGUAGUGGCAGUAGUUCAUCACAAACUUCAGAAUCAAACGAAUCAGAUGACUCGACAACAGAAAAUUCGUCGGAAACAACAACCAUUUCAACCCAAAGUAAUGAAACCACUACCGACUUUGACGAUGAAGGGAAUACGUCCUCUACAACUGAAUCUGAGAAUGGAAUAACAAAUGACUCAACGUACUCAACUGAUACUUCAACAAAAAGUAGUGGAAUGACGACGAAUGACGAUGAUGUAGGAACCUCAACAUCAACAACUCAAUCCUAUUCGAGUAUAACAACAGAUGAUUCAGCACACUCAUCUUCUACUUCAACUCAAAGUAGUAAAACCACCACUGAUUUAGAUGAUGAAGGGAACACCUCUUCCACAAGUGAAUCAUCGGAGAAUGGAGUAACAGAUGACACAACCUAUUCAUCUACAACUUCAAACCAAAGUAGCGGAUUCACUAAUGAUUGUAGUGAUGAAGAGAAGUCAACCUCAACAACUGAAUCUUCAUGGAAUUCGAAUACAGACGAAUCAACAUACUUUUCGACCACUGACUCCACAGUAACUGAAGAAACAACAUUACAAGAAACCGAAACUACAACAAAUGAUGGAUACCAAGAGACCUCUUCAAUAGGGGAAUCAACAACAGAUUUAUGUGGAUCAAGUUCAACUGAAUCGUCAUCUAGUGAAACGAACGAAACCUCAGAUUGUAGCACUUCAGCAGAGACUACAGGAAAAAAUCCCAGAGUUCUGCUAGUACCUGUUGUCGAAUAUAAAGGACCGUGCCUGACUGAGAAGGAAUUCAGAAAAUAUUUGUAUAAAAUAUUCGAUUGUCCCAAACCCAAAGUAAAAUGUGAAGAUGCAGAUAUUGGAACGAAAUAUGAGGGUAUAUACAUAUUGUAUGUUGAAAAAUGAAGGAAUUUGGGAAAAACAGAAUUCACGUGAUGGCGAGAAAACAGAUGACAAGUUUUCAAAGUGAGUAUGCUUAGUUCCAAUCCCUAGUUUCCUAUAUCGCACUAAUUAAAUUCUCUUUUUAGAUUUAUACUAUAAUGUACGGAAAUACUUAGAUUAAUCAAUAAUAAACCCAAUAAUGCUAAACAUACAUUCUUUUCUUAGAUUUUUAUGAGAAUAAUUUUAUGAAUAGUCUCACAACAGUAACGAAAAACUGGAGAAUGUUUUAUUUUAAUAAGGAAACCUUUUUGUUGUGAAAUAUUUAAGUUAUUAAUUAUUCUUAGUUUCGUAUUUAAAGUGUUCUUUGUGAA